AUGGCGAAGAAAAAAGACCGCCGCGUCGUCGCGCCGAGUUCCGAUCGCCGCAAAGACCGAGUCGAACCGCCGCACCAACUCGCCCGCUCAACCUCAUUCUCAAAUCGAAACCUCGCAAUCACCUUCUUCGUCGUCUUCGUCGUAUCUUCAGCAGUCUCGGUACUCGUGUACCGCCGCCUCAGUUUUGCUCCGAUCACCGACCGGACGGAGUCCUACGUGUUCCGGCGAGGCCUUGUUAAGCCCGACGUGAAUUACCAAGAGAUCCUCACUGAAAAUGCACAUGUCUCCGAAAAUGCGACUGGCAGGCACUAUAAAUAUCCUGUAUUAGCCUACAUUACUCCGUGGAAUUCUAAGGGAUAUGACUUGGCAAAAAGGUUUAACUCCAAAUUUACACAUAUAUCUCCAGUCUGGUAUGAUCUGAAGAGUCAAGGGGCCAGCUUAAUUCUGGAAGGCAGACAUAAUGCUGAUAUUGGGUGGAUCUCAGACCUUAGAAGGGCAGGAGACGCGUGGGUAUUGCCUAGAGUUGUUCUGGAAGCUUUUCCAGCAGAGCUGCUUGCAAAGAAAAAGCAGAGGAAGAAGGCUAUUGAUCUUAUAGUAAGCGAGUGCAAGGAAAUGGGUUAUGAUGGCAUUGUGCUGGAAUCUUGGUCGAGGUGGGCAGUUUACCGUGUUUUGAAUGAUCCAAAGAUGCGGAAUUUGGCAUUACAGUUUAUAAAAGAUCUUGGAGAUGCACUGCAUGCUGUGACUUCAGAGAGGAACAAUAAGAACAGGUUGCAGUUGGUGUAUGUUAUAGGCCCACCACAUUCAGAGACGCUCCAAGUGAAUGAUUUUGGACCUAAAGAUCUUCAGAGCCUGAGUGAUGCUGUUGAUGGAUUCUCACUCAUGACGUAUGACUUCUCGGGGCCUCAUAAUCCAGGUCCCAAUGCGCCUCUGAAGUGGAUUGAAUCUAUCCUCCAGCUGCUCCUUGGUACCAAUAAAAACACUGCUCUGGCCAACAAGAUACUUCUUGGCAUCAAUUUCUACGGAAAUGAUUUCAUCCUCUCAGAAGGUCAAGGUGGUGGCGCUAUCACCGGAAGAGAUUACCUCUCCUUGUUGGAGAAGCACAAGCCUGACUUUCGAUGGGAAAAGAACAGCGCAGAACAUUUGCUCCUCUACACUGAUGAUGAUCAUAACAAUCACGCUGUGUUCUACCCAUCUUUACUGUCAAUUUCCAUGCGGCUAGAGGAAGCUCGUAAAUGGGGGUGUGGCAUCUCAAUAUGGGAAAUCGGGCAAGGUCUGGAUUACUUCUACGAUCUCCUACCCCCAGAAAGUCUUUGUGUGUUUUUUGAAGUGAAUUAUGCUAUGGAGGCCCUCAAUGCAGCAAGCUUGACUCCUAUAUCAGUUCUUGGUGAUAGAAAAAAAGAACCCAGAAAAUUCCCAUCAUUGCCCUCCAUUUCACUACCCAAGUUCUCAAGCUCUACUAGCUAUAGCACCAAGGCAUCACAGGAGGGUUCAUCUAAGAGCUUCCAUGGUGGACUAUUGCUUUUGUCAUCUGUUUUCAAUGCUGGGUUUGCCAAGGCUUUGACAUAUGAAGAAGCAUUGGGUCAGUCAGUGAGUACAGCAACCGGAGACUUUGAUACAGAUAAAGUUCUUGACAAUGUUAUAAGCUUUGUUAAUGACAACCCUGCAGUUAUAGCUGGUGGGUUUGUCGUCUUGGCUGUUCCUUUAGUUUUGUCACAGGUGCUAAAGAAGCCUAAGCCUUUUGGUGUUGAGUCUGCUAAGAGUGCUUAUGCAAAAUUGGGUGAAGAUGCAAAUGCUCUUCUGGUGGAUAUAAGAGCACCAGGGGAGAUAAGGCAAGUCGGUAGUCCGGAUAUCCGAGGUUUGGGGAAGAAGGCAGUGCCAAUUGUUUACAAAGGGGAAGAUAAGCCAGGCUUCUUAAAGAAGCUCUCUUUGAAGUUCAAGGAACCAGAGAAUACUACAUUGUUCAUCCUGGAUAAGUUUGAUGGGAACUCCGAACUGGUUGCCGAGUUGGUCACAGUAAAUGGGUUCAAAGCUGCUUAUGCCAUAAAAGAUGGUGCCGAAGGACCCAGAGGAUGGGUGAGUAGUGGCCUUCCUUGGAUACCACCACCAAAAGUACUGAGUCUUGAUUUUGGCAAUUUAGCUGAUGCUUUCAGUGGCGCUGUUGGAGAGGGUUCAGGUGCCUUGUCUGUUUCCCUUGGGAUUGCUGCAGUGACUGGGCUGGGUUUAUUGGCAUUUACUGAGGUAGAAACAAUCCUCCAACUUUUGGGAUCAGCUGCGCUAGUACAGUUUGCAAGCAAGAAACUUCUUUUUGCUGAGGACCGGAAUAAAACUCUACAAGAAGUGGAUACGUUCUUGAGCACCAAGGUUGCACCAAAGGAGCUUUUGGGUGACAUAAAGCAAAUCGGAAUAGCUCUUCUACCUCCUGUUACUAGCAAGUCUCUUCCUGCACCUGCAGAGGCAAGUCCAGCGCCCACUGCUGCUGAUACUGUAGUUAAAGCAGAAGCUUCACCAGAACCUAAAGUAGAAGCAGCUGCAGAACCUGCCCCUGAGAUCAAUUCCGUUCCCAAAGCAGAAGUCAAAGAAGAAUCCCUUCCUGUCAAUUCAAGACCACUUUCUCCAUUCCCCUAUUAUCCGGACUUCAAGCCCCCAACAUCUCCGCGCCCAUCUCAACCGUAGAGACCCUAUUGUAUUAUAUCUCAUCGUCGCUUUACAAUAUCAUGCUGUUUGUCCGGAUACUUCGUAUCUACGCUACCAGUUCCUGCAACUUAUGCUCCUGUUACUGUGUUACAUGAAAUUAUCAAGGCUAUAUUUCUCUGAAGAUAAAACUGUCAUGAGUUGGAUAGCAAAUAAUUUUCCAUUCGUUUUUCUUUCACUUUAUACCAUCACUGAAUCUUUUGUAGAUGUGAUUCAUGUAUUAGCUUUGUUUGGCUUUACUAUAAAUAUUACAUCUUGGUUUUCU